AUGCAGACGCUGUAUCACCUCCGCAGUGCUUCAUCUGUGGCCAUGUAUCCGCUCCGAGAACGAACUCCUCCUCGUCAAGAGAGCACACGGAGAAGCGAAGAACCCUGGACGGCAGCGGCGUGGCGGUGGAUCCUCGGCGGCAGGGCACCAGCACAGCGGGUUUCCUCCUGUCGCUCCGUGUCGCUGGUUUUGGCUGCUGUCCACGCGGUUCUGGUGCUGAAACGCGCUCGCGGCUUUUUGUAA